AGGGCUUAAGUUCUGCUGUUGACCAUUCUGCCUCAGGUACCAGGAGAGCUCCAGAGCGGGACUGUGUGUCUUCCUGGUCCCUCGGGAGAUCCUUCAUGUGAGAGGAUGCCCUGGCCAGCCACCCAGGCAGACCAUGGGGGACAUGAAACUGGUUGCCUCAUCACACAUGUCCAAAACCUCCCACAGUGUGGAUCCCUCGAGGGUCAGCUCCACACCCCUCAUGGAGGCCCCUGCUUUCAUUCUGCCCCCUCGGAACCUCUGCAUCAAAGAAGGAGCCACCGCCAAGUUCGAAGGGAGGGUCCGGGGCUACCCAGAGCCCCAGGUGACAUGGCACAGAAAUGGGCAAACCAUCACCAACGGGGGCCGCUUCCUGCUGGACUGUGGGGUGCGGGGGACUUUCAGCCUGGUGAUCCACACUGUGCGUGAGGAGGACAGCGGAAAGUAUACCUGUGAAGCCAGCAACGGCAGUGGUGCCCGCCAGGUGACAGUGGAGCUGACUGUGGAAGGGAAUCUUACGAAGAAGCAUGGUCAGCCUGCUGUUUCCAAAGCCUCAGGAUUUUCAUUCCCAGCAGGGGAGACUUGUCCUAGCAUCUGGGGCGAGUGCCCACCGAAGUUUGCCACCAAGUUGGGCCGAGCUGUGGUCAAAGAAGGGCAGAUGGGGCGGUUCUCCUGCAAGAUCACUGGCCGGCCUCCACCACAGGUCACCUGGCUCAAGGAAAAUGUCCCAUUGCAGCCAAGUGCUCGUGUGUCCAUGUCAGAGAAGAAUGGUAUGCAGAUCCUGGAAAUCCAUGAGGUCACUCGGGAUGACAUGGGCGUGUACACAUGCAUGGUGGUGAACGGGUCAGGGAAAGCCUCCAUGUCAGCGGAACUCUCCAUCCCAGGUUUGGACAAUGCCACUAGGACGUUUGUGAGAGCAACCAAGGCCCCCAGUCCAGACAUCAGGAAGGAGGUGACCAAUGGAGUCUCCAAGGACCCAGAGACUGUGGCCAAAAGUGAGACCUGCUCAAGCCCCCAGAGGAGUGUCUCCUCAGCCUGGGCCACAAACAGCCACCUGAAGUCCCUGCAGGAGCCCAAGCUGAAGCUGUGUGAGGGUUCUCCCAGAAAGGUCCUGCAGUCCUCAGUCUUGCAGAAGACUUCCAGCACCAUUACCCUGCAGGCUGCGAAAGUCCAGCCAGAAGCGAGAGAACCAGGCUUCCGGGCCUUCUCUCCUGGGGAAGAGAGGAAAAGUCUGGCUGUCCCUCAGCAAGCCACACUCCCUACCAGACAGUGUGGCCUGGGAGGCCCAACCGGGAACAAGUUUGGUACCAGGAACAUCUCCAUAGAGAGCCAAAGGGAGUCGACAUUCCCCAAAUUUGAGAGUCAGCCCCAAAGCCAAGAAGUCACUGAAGAUCAGACAGUCAAGUUCAUCUGUGAGGUUUCAGGGAUACCAAAGCCUGAAGUGGCCUGGUUCCUGGAAGGCAUCCCUGUGAGGAGACGAGAAGGCGUUAUUGAGAUUUAUGAAGACGGUGCAUCCCAUUACCUCUGCCUACGGAGAGCCCGGAUGAGGGACAGUGGGAGGUACAGCUGCACAGCAUCCAACAUCCUUGGCCGUGUGUCCUGCAGUUGGACCCUCCUGGUGGAACGGUCAAACUUGGCACAGACGGCCCCUUCAUUCUCCAGCGUCCUGAAGGACAGUGUUGUCGUUGAGGGCCAGGACUUGGUGCUGCGGUGCUCUGUACGGGGGACCCCAGUCCCCCGGAUCACUUGGCUGAUCAAUGGGCAGCCCAUCAAGUUUGCUCACUCCAUCUGUGAGGCUGGCAUGGCUGAGCUCCACAUCCAGGAUGCCCUGCCAGAGGACCAUGGGACCUACACCUGUUUGGCUGAGAAUGCCUUGGGGCAGGUGUCCUGCAGCGCCAGGGUCACCGUCCAAGAAAAGAAAAGUGAAGGAGAGAGGGAAUGCCUUCUGCCACGAGUUCCCAGCAAGCCCAUGGCCCCCAUCUUCCUGCAAGGCCUCUCUGAUCUCAAAGUCAUGGAUGGAAGCCAGGUCACUAUGACAGUCCAGGUGUCAGGGAACCCACCUCCAGAAGUGAUAUGGCUUCACAAUGGACAUGAGAUCCAGGAGUCAGAGGACUUCCACUUUGAACAGAAAGGUGGCCGGCACAGCCUGUGUAUCCAGGAGGUGUUCCCGGAGGACACAGGCACAUACACCUGUGAGGCCUGGAACAGUGCAGGGGAAGUCCGCACCCAGGCCAUGCUCACCGUGCAAGAACCUCAUGAUGGCACCCAGCCCUGGUUCAUCAGCAAGCCUCGUUCAGUGACAGCCUCCCUGGGCCAGAGCGUCCUCAUCUCCUGUGCCAUAGCUGGAGACCCCUUCCCCACUGUGCACUGGCUCCGAGAUGGCAAAGCCCUCUCCAAGGACACUGGUCACUUUGAGCUGCUCCAGAAUGAGGACGUGUUCACCUUGGUCCUAAAGGACGUGCAGCCCUGGCAUGCCGGCCAGUAUGAGAUCAUGCUCAAGAACCGGGUUGGCGAGUGUAGUUGCCAGGUGUCCCUGAUGCUGCACAACAGUCCGGCCAGAGCCCCACCACGGGGGCGGGAGCCUGCCGGCUGUGAGGGCCUCUGUAGUGGAGGAGUUGGUGCUCAUGGUGAUGAUGGUGACCGUGAUGGGACCCUGAGGCCUGGCUGGCCAGCGAGAGGGCAGGGUUGGCCAGAGGAGGAGGACGGAGACGUCGACGACGACAACGUGAGGGGCCUGCUGAAGAGACGGGUGGAGACCAGGCUGCACACCGAAGAGGCCAUCCGCCAGCAGGAGGUGGGGCAGUUGGAUUUCCGCGACCUCCUGGGAAAGAAGGUGAGCACCAAGACCGUAUCUGAAGAAGACCUGAAGGAGAUCCCAGCCGAGCAGAUGGAUUUCCGCGCCAACCUCCAGCGGCAAGUGAAGCCAAAGACCGUGUCCGAGGAGGAGAGGAAGGUGCAUAGCCCCCAGCAGGUUGACUUCCGCUCUGUCCUAGCCAAGAAGGGGACGACCCCUAAGACCCCCAUUCCGGAGAAGGCGCCACCUCCAAAAGCUGCCACCCCAGACUUUCGCUCGGUGUUAGGUGGCAAGAAGAAAUCGCCCACAGAGAACGGCAGUAACAAUGCUGGGGAAAGCCCCACACCUGUAGGCAGUACACAGCCAGUUGGGGCCCUGAAACCCACAGGCAAUGCCAAGCCUGCUGAGACCCUGAAACCCACAGGCAAUGCCAAGCCUGCUGAGACCCUGAAACCCAUAGGCAAUGCCAAGCCUGCUGAGACCCUGAAACCCAUAGGCAAUGCCAAGCCUGCUGAGACCCUGAAGCCUGCAGCCAAUGCCAAACCCACUGAGACUCCGAGACCCAUAGCCAACGCACAGCCUGCGGGGUCCCUGAAACCCAUAGGCAAUGCACAGCCUACUGAGACCCGAAAGCCCGUGGCCAAUGCCAAGCCUGCGGAGACCCUGAAACCAGCUGGGAAAGAAGAACCCAAGGAGGUUAAGAAUGAUGUGAACUGUAAGAAAGGGCAUGCCGGAGCCACAGGCAAUGAAAAGAGACCAGAGAGCCAAGGCUCGGCCCCCGUCUUCAAGGAAAAGCUCCGAGACGUCCAUGUGGCCGAGGGUGAGAAGCUGCUACUCCAGUGCCAGGUGACCUCUGAUCCCCCGGCCACUGUCACCUGGACACUGAAUGGAAAGACACUCAAGACCACAAAAUUCAUCAUCCUCUCCCAAGAAGGCUCACUCUUCUCCAUCUCCAUCGAGAAGGCACUGCCUGAGGACAGGGGCUUGUACAAGUGUGUAGCCAAGAACAGCGCGGGCCAGGCGGAGUGCUCCUGCCAAGUCACUGUGGAGGAUGCUCGGGCCGCCGCCGGUGAGAACACCAAGGUCCCGGAGAUGAAAUCCCGGAGACCCAAGAGCUCUCUUCCCCCCGUGCUAGGAACAGAGAGUGAUGCAACUGUAAAAAAGAAACCUGCCCCCAAGACACCUACAAAAGCAGCUAUGCCCCCUCAGAUCAUCCAGUUCCCCGAGGACCAGAAGGUACGCGCAGGAGAGCCUGUGGAGCUGUUUGGGAAAGUGACUGGUACCCAGCCCAUCACCUGCACAUGGAUGAAGUUCCGAAAGCAGAUCCAGGAGAGCGAGCACAUCAAGGUGGAGACCAGUGAGAGCAGCAGCAAGCUCACCAUCCUGGCGGCGCGCCAGGAGCACUGCGGCUGCUACACCUUGGUGGUGGAGAACAAGCUGGGCAGCAGGCAGGCCCAAGUCAACCUCACAGUCGUGGAUAAGCCAGACCCCCCAGCUGGCACACCUUGUGCUUCGGACAUACGGAGUUCCUCGCUGACCCUGUCCUGGUAUGGCUCUUCAUAUGAUGGCGGCAGUGCCGUACAGUCCUACAAUGUUGAAAUCUGGGACACUGAGGACAAGAUGUGGAAAGAACUAGCCACGUGCCGCAGCACCUCUUUUAAUGUCCAAGACCUGCUGCCUGACCGCGAGUAUAAAUUCCGAGUACGUGCAGUCAACGUCUAUGGAACCAGCGAGCCAAGCCAGGAGUCUGAGCUCACAGCUGUGGGAGAGAAACCUGAGGAGCCAAAGGAUGAAGUGGAAGUGUCAGAUGAUGACGAAAAGGAACCUGAGGUCGAUUAUCGAACAGUGACAGUUAACACUGAACAGAAAGUAUCUGAUGUGUAUGACAUUGAAGAGCGACUGGGAUCUGGGAAGUUUGGACAAGUCUUCCGACUUGUGGAAAAGAAAACUAGAAAAAUCUGGGCAGGGAAGUUUUUCAAGGCCUAUUCUGCCAAGGAGAAAGAGAACAUCCGCCAGGAGAUCAGCAUCAUGAACUGCCUCCACCACCCCAAGCUGGUCCAGUGUGUGGAUGCCUUCGAAGAAAAGGCCAACAUCGUCAUGGUCCUGGAGAUCGUAUCCGGGGGUGAGCUGUUUGAGCGCAUCAUCGACGAGGACUUCGAGCUGACGGAGCGUGAGUGCAUCAAGUACAUGAGGCAGAUUUCGGAAGGGGUGGAGUACAUCCACAAGCAGGGCAUUGUGCAUCUGGACCUCAAGCCCGAGAACAUCAUGUGUGUCAACAAGACAGGCACCAGGAUCAAGCUCAUUGACUUCGGGCUGGCACGAAGACUAGAGAAUGCUGGGUCUCUGAAGGUCCUCUUUGGGACCCCAGAGUUUGUGGCUCCUGAAGUGAUCAACUAUGAGCCCAUCGGCUAUGCCACAGACAUGUGGAGCAUCGGGGUCAUCUGCUACAUUCUGGUCAGUGGACUGUCCCCCUUCAUGGGCGACAAUGACAACGAGACCUUAGCCAACGUCACUUCGGCCACCUGGGACUUUGAUGACGAGGCGUUCGAUGAGAUCUCCGAUGAUGCCAAGGAUUUCAUCAGUAACCUCCUGAAGAAAGAUAUGAAAAACCGUCUGGACUGCACCCAAUGCCUUCAGCACCCAUGGCUGAUGAAGGACACCAAGAACAUGGAGGCCAAGAAGCUGUCCAAGGAUCGGAUGAAGAAGUACAUGGCAAGAAGGAAGUGGCAGAAAACGGGCAAUGCUGUGAGAGCCAUCGGAAGACUGUCCUCUAUGGCAAUGAUAUCGGGGCUCAGUGGCAGGAAAUCCUCGACAGGGUCACCGACCAGCCCGAUCAAUGCAGAGAAACUAGAGUCCGAAGAAGAUGUCUCCCAGGCUUUCCUCGAGGCUGUUGCUGAGGAAAAGCCCCAUGUAAAGCCCUAUUUCUCUAAGACCAUUCGUGAUCUGGAAGUUGUGGAGGGAAGUGCGGCUAGAUUUGACUGCAAGAUUGAAGGUUACCCAGACCCCGAGGUCGUCUGGUUCAAGGACGACCAGUCCAUCAGGGAGUCCCGCCACUUCCAGAUAGACUAUGACGAAGAGGGGAACUGUUCUCUGGUCAUCAGCGAUGUUUGUGGGGACGAUGACGCCAAGUACACCUGCAAGGCUGUCAACAGCCUGGGAGAAGCCACCUGCACUGCCGAGCUCAUCGUGGAAACUAUGGAGGAGGGGGAGGGGGAGGGGGGAGAGGAAGAGGAGGAAGAGUGACUGACGCACAGCCAAACCGAAGCAGUUCCUACCACGUCAUUUUAAAAGGACUGGUUCAUUAAAGCUCAAAAUCUCGAGAUAGAAAAAGCACCUAGUGUGGUAGAUUAUCUAGUUAGGUCAUUGGGAGGUCGAUUCAUCAGCAACAGCAGGUGAUAACCCAGCAGCGUUGUUGAUGGGCAUUAAUUUGAAUUAGAUAGCACCUUAAGACACUAGUGCAGCUAGAUUCUGUGUGUGUGCUGGGGCGCGGGGGGGGGGGGGGGGGGGGGGGGAAUCACCAGCAACUUGUCUAACCAAUUUGAUUUUAGAGAGAGAAUCACUAAAAGCAAUAUUUACCUGGGAAAAGUCAUACACUUCCCAACUGAAUACACUCCUGAAAAGUAAUGAUACCACCAGGGCCCUGAGCCUCCUGCUGCAGCUCAGCCCAGAUUCCCUGGAGGUAGAAUGCCUCUCUGCCACGCCCUCCCCCACAACCCGAUCUAGAGAACCAGCCUUGUCCCAUCCUGAAGUGUCUCAUUCUGAAAGCAGCUGAGCCAUUCUGAACAGGAGGCACACUGCCUUCCAGCUCUCCACUUUCAAAGCUCCCAUUUCUCUCCCCGUUCCACCUGCCAGUUUUCCUGGCUCCAAACCCGGCCUACGUUGCAGCAAUGAGGACGUUAAUUAUGUUUCUUACAUCCUGAAAACGGGGGCCCCUGCUCAUGGAUGACUCUGGCUUCUUUGGAAAAAUAAAAUCUCCUUUCCUCUAAAAAUCCGUAGGAAACUAAACUCGCCCCUCUUUGCAAGCGUCUGGCAGCUUCAGACAUUUGCAUGAGAAUCCAUGAAGAAAGAAAGAAAGGAAAAGACCCUUGCUAAUGUGCUUUUUCCCUUAAACCGGGAUUCAUAUUUGUGCCAUUAACAAGCUAUCAGCCUGCAUGUGCAGUAAAUAUUUCUGCAUCUGGAUGUAGAAAGCCCGGUUUGCUGAAAUGCUGGCUUUAAUUAUUUAUUGGGCACGAUGAAACUGAUUUCAACUGGUGAGCGACUGUGGAACUCCAUGUACUUUGGAAGCUCCUUCCAGACAGUCUGAGUGGAAUGCAUCCUCAUUCUCUUCAAAGAGCUUGACCUGCCUUGUGGGGCCCACCAUUGUGUUCCCUCUUGAAUUGCAUCAGUCUUGCCUUGCCCCCAGCCUCGAGCUAUCUUAUUAGACCUGAUUAGCGCACUCAGACUUGCAUCUUUAGGAAUUUUUGACUUUCACUUCAUUGGCACUUACAUUUUUUUUUUUUCUUAUACAACUUUUUGGAGGUCAUAAACAAAGACCAUAAACUGAUACCCUAGUAUGUUUCUUCUGUAUGUGUGUGUAACAUUCCAAAUGCUUUUUUCUUUUCCACUGUUUGUAAAGCGCAAGUUAAUAUUUCAAAGGACUUUUUUUUAAUAGUUCCUUAAAAUCAAUUUAAAAUUGCGUCUGUGCAGUCCUACACAGUACCGACAUUAGAAACUUGGUAUUUCCUACUCUUAUCUCCCAUCCUACUCUGGCUGCCUUUUGCUGCUAGUUUCAAAUUGCCAGUAUUUUUCCCUUUUUUUUUUUUUUGUUUCUUAAGCAGUUACAAUAGCUUUCAUUAUAGCCACAGUAGUGCCACAGUUUAUUAUAAUAAAGGGGUUUUAAUUUGAUUUAGAGCAUUCGAAGUGUUUUUCAUCACUUUUGUGUUUAUAUUAUAAUCUUUGUGUGUAUGUUGUGUGUAUGCGUGCAUGGGUGGUUAUACGUGUGUUUAUAGGUUAAUGCCUUCCUGGGACUGUGUUAAUGUUCUCUCAGUUUAUUCUGCCAUCCAAAUGGUGAAUGAGAACACUACAACUGCAGUUAACUCACCAUUUUUAAAUAAAGGAUACCACAGUG